AUGAAGUACACUCCAAAGCGUUCGUUCCCAUCAGCUCCCCGCCUCUGCGCCUCUACAGGAAAUGAGAACGAUUCUGGAACCAUCACGAGUCAAUUAGGCGUGGAUGUUCUGGCGGUGGAAAAACGCGUGGAGAGGUUGGAAGAGUCGAUUCGGAGCGAGGAACCCGAUUGCCCCGCAGCGUUGAAGGAACUCAGAUCCGAGGUCCUCCGAUUUCAGGAAAUCCUCGAGACGACGGAGCAUCUCUCUUGGCUGGGUUUAUACAAGGAUCUCCAGUUGGUAUGCCCUGGACAAAGUCGACGUCCCUUCUGGAACCGGGCCCAUUACAGGCGGAAAAGCGACGAAGAGAAACAGAAGAUCUUCCAGAAAUUCAUGAAUAUCAGUCAGGUGGAGAUCUGCGAAGAGGUUCGAAUGUAUCUCCGAAUGCCCACCUUCGACAACUGGCAAUGGGAGGACGAGGAGAUCCUCCUUUUGCUGCAGCAGAUGUUCGUGGAUCUGGACUUCCUCACCAAGUUCAACAUCGAAAUCCCUGUGCUUCAGAAAUUUCUCUACGAAAUCUACAAGAACUACAACGAAGUUCCCUUUCACAAUUUCAAGCACUGCUUCUGCGUCACCCAAAUGAUGUACGGGAUCGCGUGGUGCGUGGAUCUGCCGUCAAGAAUCGGUGAUUUGGAGACCUUGAUUUUGAUGACGUCUUGCAUCUGUCACGAUCUGGAUCAUCCGGGAUUCAACAACAUCUACCAGAUCAACGCGAAGACGGAGCUGGCAUUGCGGUAUAACGACAUCUCUCCCUUGGAGAAUCAUCACUGUUCCGUGGCCUUCAGGAUCCUCGAGGACUCAUCCUGCAACAUCUUCCGCAAUUUCAACCCCGAGGACUACAAGAAGAUACGAGAGGGCAUGAUCCGGUGCAUCCUCGCCACAGACAUGGCCCGCCACAACGAAAUCCUCUCUCAAUUUCGAGAGAUCAUCCCUUGUUUCGACUACGACAACAAGGCCCACACCAAUCUCCUGACCAUGGUGCUGAUCAAAGUGGCGGACAUCUCGAACGAGGCUCGGCCGAUGGACGUGGCCGAGCCCUGGCUCGAUUGCCUCCUUCAGGAGUUCUUCACCCAAUCCGACAUGGAGAAGUUGGAAGGACUGCCAGUGACGCCCUUCAUGGAUCCAGAGAGAAUCACGAAGCCCUCGUCUCAAUGCUCCUUCAUAGGAUUCGUGCUUCUUCCCCUCUUCGAGGCUCUCGGAGAGUUCCUCCCCGAAUUAGAGGACCUGAUUGUAAAGCCAGUUCGUGAAGCUCUGGAGUACUACCGAAAGCUGAACGAGGAGGCAUCUCGGGAGCGCCGAAAGCGAAGCGUGGCGAGCUCCAGCGAGCAACAGGCAGAGACGCCGGACACACCCCGAGUGAGCAUCGGCGAUACCAGCUUCGCCAGUCGAGAGAAGCUCGUCCGAUUGGGAAGUCGGGGCAGUUUCCUGUCACCACGAUCCGGCACGGUGACCGAAGAGGAGGAGCAAGUAACACAAGAAUCCGAGGAAGAGUCCGAUGAAGGAGCUGAUCAGGAAACCGAAGUGGCCGUAUGCGAGAAGGCGCUGAAAUUCAAGAUCACUCCGAACACGUACGGCCCGAGGCCGAAUCAGUUGCUGAGAAAGAGUCUACCGGAUCUGCCGGGUCGGAGCAGCGUCACGUUCCUCAUGGACGAAGGCACGGACACGCAGGAAGACCGACCCGCGAAGGGUCCCGCGUCCAUCCUACAACGCCUGAAGGAGAAAUUCGGACGCUUACCCUCCGCAUCCGACGCGUCGGACGUGUCGCCGGUGGAACCAACUUUGAGACCCGCGGUGACGAAAAAGACUCGAACGAUGAGCUUGUCCCACGGGAUGAUGUACCAGGUGGCCCCUUCCAUCAAGGACAUCCAGGCCCAGCGACUCAGACUCCGGGCCAUCGUCAAGGAGACAAAUAGUACAAGUCCUUUGAUGGGGGAGAAGAGAAAGACGUCCGUCUCCAUACCUAGUACUCCUUCCAAGAUACAAGAAAUAGUAUCCCCGGUUUCCCUCUCUCAGCCUACCAGCCCCAUCCUGACCGAAGGAAGAACUCCGCGGAGUGAACAUGAGCAAGAAGAAGUGCUCAUCAAGCCAGAGGAGGACCAUUCAGACCAUCUUCAUCUUCAUCUUCAUCACGAUCGCCUCGACAAUUCGAGAAAGGGGAAAGCCCAUCGAGGGUUUCUGGGUCUGACGGAAAGGUUAUCCCGUUCCCGAGAGCGAAAGAGGGGUCACUCGGACUCCAGCUCCUCUCCGACUGCAUCGUCUUCUUCCACCCUCAAUCCUUCCACUUCUUUCUUGAAAAAAUGGACUUUCCGAUCCUGGAGUCGGCCUCGAGUGAAGAAGUGACGAAAGACUUCCCCUCGGUCCUGUGUUCCAUCUUGGACCCCCCAACUCCUCAUUGGGGUCCAAAUAUCACUCCCCGAAAUUUCAUCGGCCCUCGUUUAACAGGACCCCCUCAGUCCAGAAAGGUCCAAAACGCAGCACAGAACCUGCGAGGGGUGCAAACGAAAUAAAAAAAACGCCCUAUUUGUGUGAAAGCGGCAGAAGAAUAUUGUUGAUAUUUUUCUGACUUCCAAAGCAGAAGGUUGUUCUUGUAAGGUGUCCCCUUCCUCUCCAAACUCGGAUCUGUGUUAAGUGCAUCAUUGCAUUAUUGUUAUUUUUUAAUGCUCUCUGUGUUCAUAUCAAUCCCCCUUGAGCCUCGUUCAGUAUGUACCGGUAAUUCGAUGUGUCCAGGGGCGCAGUUCCCUGCAUAUUCGUAUUCAUGUGAUCCACCCGUAUUCCCCACUAUUGGCAGAAAAAAAAAUAAUGAAGGAAGAACUAAGUCCAUCUCUUUUCAGUGGGGUGGGAAAAUUGCUGUGAUUUUGCACGAUGUGUUUGAAUGAGAGAGAAAGUGACGAAGUUGUGUACUACAUGGGAGAAAAUUAUUACUUUUAUGAUGUUGAAAUGAAUGGUGCUAUUCAUGUGGAUAUGCCCCUCUGUCACCAAAUCAUUGCCUGCAUGUUUCGAUUGUCAUGGAGC